UGUUGUUUUCAAUUCAUCCGUGCGUAUUUUUAUUGGUGUGAAAGAGUAAGGAGUGGCUCAUGGCACGAGGGGAGUUGUUGAGGCUCUUCCCUUGAAGGCUAGCCUUCUGCAAUACUCAUCCUCUUCUGUCUUCCCCACGUUCCAUCACACUCCCAAUUACAGAAGGAAGGCGACAUCUGAUUAACAACUACUUAUCAUUUUCAUCAUCUACUUUUAAACUCUUUCCUCACAUCUCCAUCCUCACACCUUUCCCUUUCUUGCUUCAUUUUCAUUUUACAUCAAAUCUACUGUAUCUUUUUUGCAAGAAUCCCUCAAACUCCUAUAUCUAUAACUAAAGGAGAUAAAUUCACUUUCAAGUCAAUCAUUCCUUUUGAAAUUUGAAAUGGGCUGGACUCAGCAUUUCACAUGUCACCAAACAAUUCGCUCUCUUACAAUUUCACUUCUCAUUCUUACUAUUUCAAGCUUAUCCCAGUUGACAUUCCAAGCUGAAGGAAGAAAAUUGCUUGAUACUCACCGUCAUGGGGAUAGCCAGAUAGAGAGUGAAAAGAGAGCAAUGUUGAGAUCACAAAUUGGGUCAAGGCCACCUAGGUGUGAAAAAAGAUGUGGUUCUUGCGGACACUGUGAAGCCAUCCAGGUUCCGACAAAUCCCCAAAUCACAAAUGGAAAUAAGAACCACACUGUCAACAACAACAACAAAGCGUCCAACAGCAUUGCCUAUGCGAGGGACAGCGACAACUCAAACUACAAGCCCAUGAGCUGGAAAUGCAAAUGUGGGAAUCUUAUCUUCAACCCCUAAGCGACAACUCAAACUAAGUACAGUCACCUUGUACAUGAAUCAUUGCUACUUUCUUGUUAGUUUUUAAGUUGAGCUUUAGCCCCAAAUAAUCCCUUAAAUUUGGGCCUAGGUCUAUUUUUGUCCCUAUUUUAUUAGUACCUUAAAUGCGUACGAUCCUUCAAGUUUACAGAACUAACGUUAAGUGUGUUGUGUUUUUCCGUGUCCAAAUAAAAUAACAAUCAUGAUCAAGGAUUUCUUGCCUACCUUAAUAUA